AUGAAUGCUACUACCGGCUGCGCUAUCGGGAGGUCGUUGACCGCCCCGCUCUACCUGCCGCCGCAGCUGACGCUCUCCCCCUGCUUUAUCGCCGCCUGGGGAAUCGUCGUCACCGCCGCCUUGGGCUUAGUGGUGGCGCUCCAGCUCGUGUCCCAGCUCUGGUUUAACCACUACGGCCCUUAUAAAAUCAAGUACGGCUUUGGCCACCCGUUGGCUAAGCGUCUGGUGGGGUUCCGCCAGUUGGUCAAGCUCAAUAGUGUGGCGCUCAACGUGAUCCUCUGGGCGAUCCUAGCGGCGAAUCCCCACGGCGAAGGCGCUCAACGGUACCUUCCCUGGGUGGUGAUUGUCGUCCAGUUGGUGGCAGUGGUGCCGCUACACGUGAUCGAGCCCACUCGCGUGGUGGUGGCCAGUGCCCUGCUAUUAGUGUUCUGGUUAUGGCACUCCGCCUACGCCAUUGGUCUUGUGCUUCAGGAUAACUUGACCAAACACCCGGUGAUUGAUUUCCGUGGUACCGACGCUCAGUGGAAGCUGGUGGUGCUCGCUGCCGAGAUUGUCCUCGCCAUCAACUCGGUGUUGGUGUUUUCGCUCGAAACGUUUGUCUACCUGCCGUCACGCGAAUUGAGAGACUACUACGAAGUCAACGGGUGGGAUAUCGACGCCGUCCACAACUUAUUCAGUCGGUUGGUAUUUCAAUUCAUCCAGCCGACGAUCUCCGACGUCUACCGCACCAACCUGAUUGACCUCAAACAAGUGCAACCAGUGGAGAUCUCGUACAAAAACGAAGUGCUUCAGGACGACUUCGACCGGGUGUGGACCCCGAAACGGAAGUUGGGCGCGGUGCUCUUUCAGCUUUACUGGUGGCGAGGACUCGUCGCCAUCACCUUCGAUUUCACCGAUAUGGCGCUUGGCAUUGCCCAAUCGUUCCUUUUACAACGCCUCAUCCUUUUCUUCACCGUUUACAACCCCAAGACGUCCCCUAAGAUCGAAGGGUUUGCCAUUUGCACGGCGAUUUUCGCCUGUUCGGUGGCCAAAUUCAUUUCGUUCAACCAGUUCUUCGUCCAGGUGUUUGACAUCUGGUACCUGAUCCAGUCGCAGUUGCUGCUGACAGUGUACCGCAAACUGUUGCGCCUCUCCAAGGCGUCCCGUAAGGAGAAGACUAACGGGGACAUCGUUAAUAUCCUCUCGCUGGACGUGCAGAGCGUCGCCGGUUCUCUGCUGAACCUCAUCGAUAUCAUCAUUACCCCCGUCCGGUUGAUCGCAGCGCUUGCUGCUCUCAUUCACGUGCUCGGAGUGCUGACGUUUGCCGGGCUUGUCAUCGGGUGUAUCUUGCUCCCGUUGAACUCGAUGGUGACGAUGAGAAUUCAGAAAUACUAUAAGCAACUGCAAAAGGUUAAGGAUCUGAGAGUGCGCCUCACCCUGGAGAUCUUACUGACGAUCAAACUGAUCAAGUUGUACGCUUGGGAGAAACCGCUUUUGCAACGUCUUUUUGGUAUCAGAAACGACCAGGAGCUCACUUUACUCCGCAAGAUGGGCUUGCUCAACGCGGUGCUGAUGUUUUGCUGGCUGUGCGUGCCCUUUGCCAUCCAGUGCUUUUCGCUUGUUGUGUUCACUUACAUUGGCAAAGUACCAUUGACACCCGCGGUGGUUUUCCCCGCCCUUCUGUUAUUUGGGGUGUUAAGUGACCCCUUCGUCAUGGUCCCUUAUUUGUUCACUGGUGUCAUUCAAAACAACGUCCUGUUGGGCCGUUUGCGGGAGCUUUUGACCAUGGAAGAAGCCAAUACCACCCAAGUGGAACGGCCGACCGCUAUCGUCAAGGAAGGAGAAGCCGCGGUGGUGGUGGACCAAGCGACUUUCGCUUACGGUGAUGGCACUGACGACUUAGCGUUGAAAGAUAUCACGUUCUCUGCCAACAAGGGCCAGCUUACGUGUAUUGUCGGUGCGGUUGGUGCGGGUAAAUCGCUGUUAAUCAAAGCGGUAUUGGGUCAAUUGCCGGUGACCAAAGCCCGCAAAGUGUCGGUGACUGGCUCCGUCGCCUACGCCGCUCAGGACCCCUGGAUCAUGAAUGCCACCAUCAAGGAGAAUAUCCUCUUCGGCCGUCGUUUCCACCGCAACUACUACAAUAUGGUGUGUUCUGCCUGUCAAUUGGAAGCUGAUUUUGGCGUAUUACCUGAUGGCGAUGCCACCGUCGUGGGUGAGAAAGGUAUUUCACUUUCUGGUGGGCAGAAAGCUCGUAUCUCGUUGGCGAGAGCCGUCUACUCGAAAGCUGACGUCAUCUUACUCGACGAUGUGUUGCUGGCGGUGGAUGUCCACGUCGGCAAAGCUAUCUCCGACCAGGUAUUGCUGAGAGAUGGCCUCUUGCUGUCGAAAACGGUGAUUAUGGCCACCAACGCGAUUUCUGUUCUUCCCCUUGCCGCCCAAAUCUAUUUGGUGGAGGGAGGAGAAAUCAAACAGAGCGGUAGUUACGAUGACGUGAAGGAUAACGGUAAGCUUGCUGAUUUGAUUAAAGAGUUUGGUAAACAGGAAAAACAAAAAGCAGCAGAGGCUGAGGUGCAAAGCAAAGUGCAAGAAGUGAAAGACAUCCGUGAGCUUGAAAGAGCUGCUGACGAUGGCGCUGAAACCGGACUGGUGGUGCUGUAUGUCGGCGACGAUCUCGACCGCCAGCGCGAUCCCGAUCUUCGGAGACAACUGACGCGGGCGUCGUACGUUCUGUACUCGCACGACUACGAAAACGAUGAGGAUACGAAUACUCAGUCUGCUGAAGCGAGACGGACAGGGAAUAACGAGGAAGUCGGUGCUAAGGGUCUGGUGAAGUUGCUGGUGUAUUUGGAAUACUUCAAGGCAUGCAACUUUGGCUACCUCAUUUUCUACGUGUUACUGUACGGUACUCACGUGGUACUCAACUUGUUAUCGCAGUACACUUUGAAGUACUGGUCGGAACGCAACUUGGACGCGGGCCACAACGUUAACGCCGUCUUCUACGUGCUGUUGUAUGCCAUUUUCGGGAUUGUUGCCGCGGUGUGUACGCUUUUAGGGGCAUUUAUCAUUUGGACCUACUGUACCGUCAAGGGACUGAGAUAUUUCCACGAUAAGAUGGCGUGGUCGGUGAUUAAACUGCCGAUGACGUUCUUCGAUACCACCCCCAUCGGUCGCGUUUUGAACAGAUUCUCGGAAGAUAUUGGCGUCAUCGACUCCCAAAUCAUGUGGACUUGUAUGGGUAUUGUUGACUUCUCUCUUGAGGCAUUGGGUUUACUCGCGGUGGUGGUGUAUAACUUGCCCGCCAUGCUCAUUGUUAUCUUGGCGCUUUUCUACGUGUACAACUUGGUUCGUCGCUACUACAUUCCCUCGCUGAGAGAGCUCAAGCGGCUUCUGCUGGCUCGUAAAUCGCCUAUUUACGCCCAGCUUCAGGAACUGCUUAACGGCAUUGAUACCAUUACUGCAUACUCGCAAAUCAACCGGUUCUUGUACAAGAACCGUGAGAAUUUGGAUACAUUGGUUAAAGUGCAAUUCUCCAAUGCCUACUGCAACCGGUGGUUGCUGAUGCGACUCCAGAUGAUCUCGGCGGUGAUUAUUUAUUGCACCACAGUAUUUAUUUGGUUGUCUUUGGGCACUGCGCACGAGUUUUCUCCCGGUCUCGUUGGGUUUGUCAUGCUUAAUGCCAUGGGCGUCACCUGGACUUUAAACAGUAUCAUCAGAUUCUGGGCUAAUUUGGAGAACCAGGCUGUGGCGGUAGAAAGAGUAGUGGAAUAUUGCAACUUACCUACCGAAGGACAAAACCCUGACGACAUUGUGGUGGCUACUCCUCCCGCCUCUUGGCCCGCAGGAGGUGCCAUCGAAUUUGUGGACUAUUCGUGUAAAUACCGCGACAAUUUGGACCCGGUACUCAAGGAUAUCAAUGUUAAGAUUCCGGCUGAGGCUAAAGUGGGGAUUGUUGGUCGUACUGGUGCCGGGAAACUGACGCUUACCAUGGCACUUUUCCGCAUGAUUGAACCCGCUACGGGGCACAUCACCAUUGACGGCAUCAACACUAGUGACUUGUCGUUAUACGAAUUACGCCACCAUUUGAACAUCAUCCCCCAGGAUGCCAACACUGUGGAAGGGACCGUUCGCGAGAAUUUGGACCCAUUGGGUAUCCAUGAUGACGAAGAGUUGUGGGCGGUGCUUGCUAUGGCCCAUUUGAAAGACCACGUGGAACAAAUGAAGACGAAAACGGGUCAAACCGAAGAAUCUAAAGAUACCCCCGGCACUGACUCUGAGAAUAGCAGCGAUGACGAUGCGCCUACCACCGAAUGGAACUACGGGUUGGAUGCUCAGAUCUUUGAAGGUGGGUCUAACUUAUCCGGCGGUCAGAGACAGCUCAUGUCGUUGGCCCGCGCUCUUUUGAACAAGCUGAAGGUUCUCGUGUUGGAUGAGGCGACGGCGGCUGUGGACAUGGCCACCGAUAAGAUCAUCCAGCAGACGAUCAGAGAACAGUUCAAGGACCGCACCAUCUUGACGAUUGCCCACCGGUUGGACACGGUGAUGGACUGCGACUACAUUAUGGUAUUAAGCAAAGGUGAGUUGGUUGAGUUUGCCCUGCCCAAGGAGUUGUUGGCUAACGACCAGUCGGUGUUCUACUCGAUGGUCAAGGAGCACGAUGGGUAG